AUCUCCAUGAGCUCACAUCAUUCUUGUCAGCACCCAAAAGAUUCUUGGAGGCCUUGGUUAUGUCAUCACUUUUUUCCUGUAGGAGUUAUGUGGAAAAUGGCGAAGAGGAGAUGUUAAUAGUCGAUGAUGGGCCUGAUUUGAUUCAUCCUCAGGAUUUUAGGAAGCAAGCUAGCAUCAAUAGAAGCAGUCUGGCAUAUUAUCGCUGCAAGGAGGAGGAGAGAGAACAUCUCAUAGCCCAUGAGAGUUUGGAUUAUUUACCUUCACAUAGUAAAGCUUAUAAGAAGUGGCUACAAGAGAAAACAUACAGAACAGAGUGGGAUCGAUGGCUGCUGAUGGGACUAAUUGGAAUAGCAGUUGGGAUGCUGGGGUUUUUGACUCAUCAGAUAAUUGACUGUCUCAUCAAAUUGAAAUGGGACCUGGUGGAAAAUUACCUGAAGCAUGGCAACUUCCACGUGACCUGGAUGUGUGUACUGGGGUCUGGGCUGGCCAUGAUUCUUGUGUCUUCAAGCUCAGUGCUGUUCUUUUGCCCAGCAGGUUCACCAUCUGGGUUGCCAGAAAUCAUUGGGUAUUUGAAUGGUACUUCCAUACAACAUCUUUUUAAUAUCAAGACCUUUUUAGGAACAUUUGUCUCUUGCGUGCUGGCUGUAGCCUCCGGGCUCUUCUGUGGGCCAGAAGGCCCCAUGAUCCAUUUGGGUGCUAUCAUGGGUUGUGGCCUGAGCCAGCUGCAGUCGGACACCCUUGGCAUCCGCCUCCCAUUCUUCACCCGGUUUCGGAAUUCAGCUGAUAAGAGGAGUUUCAUUACAGCUGGUGCUGGGGCAGGGAUAGCUUCGGUACUCCGUGCCCCCGUCGGUGGGCUCCUGUUCACGCUGGAGGAGGUGUCUUCUUCCUGGGACAUCAGACUGGCCUGGCAGACCUUCUUCUGCUGCUUGGCAGCUACCUUCACUACGGAUCUAUUGUCCUCUUCUCUCUAUGGGCUUGUUUACAGAGGUCAUUUUGGAUUUUUUGAGGUGGAGAAAAGAAUUCUAUUUUGGGUUAAGGACUUGCUGGACAUGAGCGUCUUGGCUUUCAUUCCAACCAUCCUUCUUGGCAUACUUGGAGGCCUUCUGGGAGCUCUCUUUGUUUCCCUAAAUCUAAAGAUUAAUAAAUUACGUAUGCAGUUGUUUAAUUCCAUUCCAAAAUCAUCCCUUAGAAAAACAAGCAAGCUAUUGGAAACUGUGCUUAUCCUUGUAUGUACAACAACUGUUACUGUCUAUUUGCCGUAUUUCUUUCCUUGCACUCCAGUCAUGAGCCUGAGAAACUCCCAGCUGAGAAACAACUCAGAAAUCAUAGAGCAAUUCAAGAGGGAAAUUUCAGAAUAUAAUUGUUCGCCAAGCACAUCAUGGAUAGGACCAGAUGGAGUCAGAUAUUCUAAUCAAACCUUUAAUCAAGCUGCUGCUCUUCUAGUUGAAAAUGGAAAGCAAGGAAUCACGUAUCUUUUUAAACGUGGGACUCCUGGUGAAUUUGGAUACGCAUCUCUCUGCACUACUUUGGCAUUUUAUUUCAUCCUCAGCUGUUGGACUGCAGGUUCUGCUGUUGCGAGUGGCCUGGUUAUUCCUAUGCUGUACACAGGAGCCCUGUAUGGCAGGAUAAUUGGUUUGAUCCUUGUUUCCAUUUUUGAUGUUCAAACUAAUAAAUACGGAGCAUGGAUUGAUCCAGGUCUGUUUGCUGCCAUUGGAGCUGCCUCCUUUUUCAGCGGUGUGUCAAGACUAACCAUCUCCCUCACUGUUAUAAUGGUAGAGAUCACAAACGAUGUCCAGUCCUUGCUACUGAUAAUGCUAGCUGUCAUGGUGGCCAAGAUGGUUGGUGACUUGUUUAAUGCAUCCUUAUACAGUUCCCUCCUGAAGCUGAAAUGCAUUCCCUACUUGGACGUGGAGCCUUUUGUUUGUCACAGGAAAAAAUGGUUGAACCUAGAAUUGUUCUCUGCUAGAGACGUCAUGGAGCCUCGUGUCAGAGUCCUUCACCUAAAGGAAAACAUUGCCUCGUUGGCUCGGCUUCUUAGAAGUACGAGCCACGGUGGAUUCCCAGUGGUUUACAGGCCCGAGUCAGGCCACGCAGAGGUGUUCCAGGGAACUAUUAAAAGGUUAGAGCUAUGUAUGCUGCUGGAGAAUGAGAAUAUCUUUGAAUCAGAGACUAACAGUGAGGUUUUUUCCUCUUCACACCCUCUCUCUUACCAGAAGAUAACAGUGGAGAAGCUGCCCAAUCUGUCGUGUCUAACCACGCUGCUGAAUCGCUACACUACAGAUCCCCGGUAUCAGCAACUCUUCAUCAAUCUGGAGCCAUACAUAAACAAAUCAGCAAUGUCAGUCCAAGCUCAUUUCUCGCUGCAACGCACCUACAUCAUCUUUCGCACCCUAGGGCUUCGCCACCUGACUGUUGUUGACCCACAGAACCGAGUGGUUGGGAUAAUCACCAGGAAGGAUCUGAUGCCUCUUCCGCUGCAGGAGAGGCUCAGGCUCCAGCUGGCAUCACAAAGCCCUGACGCGGGUGAGCAGCUCAUGGAUUAGACAAGAAGAUCAGGCCAAUGGAUGUGUUCUUAGGCUUCAUUACUUCUUUUUGAGCCCUUGUUCUUCCUCAGGAGAAAACAAUCAGAGCUUUUCCACUUUUCUGAAGAAGAGAUGCUUAAAAGCUGUCGUAUGUAGACAUGUGGGAUUGUAGCCCAGAGCUAUGUCUCUUCAACAGUUUGGUGAUUGCAAAAUCCAUUGAUUUAAAUGCUUGUGAGAAAAAUUGGGAAUUUAUGUGUUUAUCCAUCAUGGAAGAUGCACAUAAAAUCAGAUAUGAAGGAUGAAUGUCAAGAAUGUUUUUGUCACACUGUGACUAUGCCUCACAAUGAAAAAAUGUCAGGACCCUUAGCAGCAAAGUUAGGCUGGCAAAACCUUUUAGUGAGGAUUAAAUCAACCUUUGAGUACGUAACUGGCUGUUGAAAAGGAAAAUGUUUCCGUAUCAGCAUUUUUAUGUUGAAAUAUGUAUGUUUAACUGAGAGGAAUUAUUGCCUUGAGAGAGGGGUAGGCAACUGAAAGGAAUGGGUUUGGACUUUCCAAUUGGCCUACAUGUAUUAGAAACUGAAAGAGAGAAUUGUCCGUAAGGGAAAGAUACUGAGUGUGGGGCUUCUGCCAAAUAACCAUCACACUUCACAGUUAUAGCAACUUGACAUGUCUUUCUGCUGCUUUCAUUUCUUUUAAUGACUGCAGCUCCUAGAAUAAGGCUCUCUUUCUCUCAACCCACCUGAUAUAGUAAUUUUUUUAGUGAAGUUCAUGUGCAGUAAGGCAAAGGGCAAAUCAAAUAAUAGGAGAAGCAGCAUGGUAGAUUUGGGAGUAGUUUUUGUGUAUAUAGCAGCACAUUUAGAAACUAGGCAUAAAGUAAAUGAUUAUUCAUGACUUUGGAGUCAUAGAAUGUUUGAAACCUUGGAAACUAUGCUAAGUGUUGGUUGUUAAUAAAUGAAUGUGUACAAUUUUUUGGAUAAAGAGACUAUUAGAUCCCCUUCUUUGGCUAUAUAAUUGAUGAUUAAUUUUGUUCUGUGAAAUACCAGAGGGAUUCCCACAGAUUUGGAUAUUAAAACCUAACAUGUACAAAGGACUCCACCACUGUUAAUGUUGUUAUAAUGAAUACCAAGGAAAACUAGUAAUAAUUUACUGGUUAUAAAAACUUGCCAAAAUUCCUGAAAAUGAAUUUCUGGUAUUUGAAUCAUGCAGCUUUAAGUCUCCUACGAAUCAAAGAUUUGUUGGAUUUUCUCCUCUUUUCCCUGCUGGAUCUUGUCUUUAUUAACAAUAAUGUUUCUUUUGUAGCACCACAGAGAGUGCAUAGCCCUUUUGAACUUACAUGUCUUAGGCAAUGCAAAUAGCUGGCGGCCCAGAAGCUUAUAUAGGUAAAUACCAAAGGCCAUUUAAAUUUGUCAUAUGCAGGAUCAGAAAUGUCUUGCAGAUCAUCCAGGCAGGAGACAUUGAGGUGAAUUUUUAUUUAGCUCCUGUUAAAGUUAGUAAUAUUUUAUUGAUUAGUACACUAAUAAGGUCUCUGUCACUUUUGACCUAUGCCUCACCUAUCUGAAGAAUGCGAAGUUUUUCUUAAAGGAAUUUGGGCUAGAUCAGUCCAAUUUAGAAACCCCCAGCGCUCUCCCCUAAAGGCGGCGAGAACUUCUUUUUCUCUUGAUGAACUGAAUCUGAAAUAAGCUUGCUGUGAAGUUGUGUUUUUGGUUCAAAGCCCAUUGCUGAUUUCCUUUUUCUUGAUUUCUUGAGUACACAAAGUAUCACCCUACCAAGACCUGGGUAAUGUAACUUCUUUUUGCUGACAGCAUCUGUGGUUAAAUGCCUCAGUAUGAAUUGCAGUUGUGGUGUACUUUGCAGAGUAUGAGGGCUGUAGGCAGAGCCAGGAUAUCAGUGACUCAUUACAUGGCUUUGAACAGGUCAUCUAAGUUCCUGGUAUAUCAUUUAUUCUGCCUUUAAAAUUGAAACAAUGAAAUUGAUCCACCAUAAUUGCCAGGAAAAUAGGUGUGAAAAAUAUUAUAGGAAUAUAAAAUGUUUAUAAUAAUACUUUGUGGGGACAAGUAAUAAAAAGUGGUGUGAUUUUUUUUUUCCCUCUGUUGCUGACAAGUGUAAUAUUUAAGGAAAAGUUCAUGCAAUGUACAUGGAAAUUCUGAAAACUAUGUUGUGAGCUUAGCACAGGAAGGCAUGCUGCAUUUUUCCGUACAUUAAAUCUAGUUCCAUUUUAUAUGCACGCACACGCACACGCGCUCGCACACGCACUCACACACACACACGAAACAGAAUUCCUCCCAGGAUUUCCUGAAACAAGUGGCUCCCUUACAUUCUGGACUCCAGCGACAAAUCCGUCUUAUCACAAACCGUAACAGCAUGAUACACUUAAGAAAGUGAAAACAUGAAAUUUGUGGGAAACUUUUCAUCAAUACAUGAUUCUCAUAAUCCUUACAUACAACAGACUUCUAAAGAAGGGCAGUAACAAGUAGACACAUCAUUUGACUCUUUAGCACAAGCUAUUUUUGUUUUUCUUCAUGUGUGCUUAUAGUGUGUAGUAAAUUUGCUGCUAUUUCAUCAAGAUCUGAGACUGACUAGACAUUUAGAGCAAAGAUGCUAGUUCUACGUGAAGUGCAAACUGCUAAUGAAUUUUCACAAUUUGUGAACACAAAUUUCUGGGAAAGAAAGGGCUUUAAACAAAAUCCAAGCAAUUGGCAUUAUUUUUGGAUUGUGCUAUGCUUAUAUACCUUUCAUCUCACCUUCCUUUAUGAUGGUGUUUUCCAAACACUUUUUUUUUCUCUUAAACUCAAAUAUGUCUUAGAAUUCAGGCAGGCUGGACUUUAGAUCUAGGAUUGAAGUAUAGUGAUGCCAAAUCCCCCCCAUUCAAUUAAAAAAAGAAUUCUUUCACGUUAGAAAAAUUAAAAUGCUUGUCCAUUACAUAUCCCUAUGAAUGAACACAAACUAUUGUAAGAAGAGUUGUUUCUAUGGGAUGCAGCUUUAGGGUAUGGUUUUACAGGUGUCCUGUAAUGUGCAUAUUCUUAUGCUAAUAUAUAAAACAUGAGUGGUGUUUUUC